CUCUUGUUUGCUGGCCGAUGUCAUCUGCUACAAUUGUCUUGUGUUACGAAUGUUGUGUAUGCGUGAUCAUAUGUAUUUAUAUAUGUUGAUACGGAUUUUAACAUCAGCUAAUUCUUAUGUGUUCCAAGCGGGCUUGCCUUUCUUUAAGAAAAUCGAUUUGUGACACAGCAGGUUUUGUUAAUCAGAAAAAAAUUAAAAAAAUUUCAUACAUUAAUAGGAGUGGAACCAGCUUGCCACAUUCACAUAGAUCCCAUUUUACGAUGACAAUAGCUGAGAGUAACAGUCUGAAGUCUGAUAAAAUGGAACCCGUAUUGCGAUUAAAUAAUAUACAAAAGUCAGAACAGGACACUCGUGACUAUCGGGGCCUUCAAUUAAAAAACGGACUGAAAGCAUUACUUAUUAGCGACCCAGAUACAGAUGUGUCUGCAGCUGCGCUUUCUGUGCAAGUAGGGCACAUGUCGGACCCAGAGGACUUGAAUGGCUUGGCACACUUUUGCGAGCAUAUGCUCUUCUUGGGAACUCAAAAAUAUCCAAGUGAAAAUGGAUAUACCACCUACCUCUCCCAGAAUGGAGGAAGUAGCAAUGCUGCUACGUACCCUUUAAGUACGAAAUAUCAUUUUCACAUUGCACCCGAGGCACUAGAAGGGGCUUUGGAUCGGUUUGCAAGUUUUUUUAUUGCGCCAUUAUUUACAUCUAGCGCCACAGAGCGAGAAAUUAAUGCGGUGAACUCGGAGCAUGAAAAGAAUUUGUCCAGCGACUUAUGGCGCAUUAAACAAGUACACAGACACUUGGCAAAGCCUGAUCAUGCGUAUAGCAAGUUUGGAAGUGGAAAUAAAUCAACACUUUACGAAAUACCAAAAUCAAAAAACAUCGAUUUGCGCGAGGAGCUACUUAAGUUUCAUAAGAAUUGGUAUUCGGCUAACAUUAUGUGUCUAGCUGUAAUUGGAAAAGAAUCCCUAAAUAAACUUGAGGAAAUAGUUGUUGAUAAGUUCUCUGAAAUUGAAAAUAAGAAUGUGCAAGUGCCCAAUUGGCCUCGACAUCCCUUUGCUGAUAAUCAGUAUGGCCAAAAAGUGAUGAUAGUGCCUAUUAAAGAUAUACGCUCUUUAACAAUCAGCUUUACAACAGAUGAUCUAACAAAGCUCUACAAAUCUGGCCCCGACAACUAUGUGACUCACCUUAUCGGACACGAAGGUAAAGGCAGCAUUUUAUCAGAGCUUCGAAGACUGGGCUGGUGCAAUGAUCUCAUGGCUGGACAUCAGAAUACUCAAAACGGGUUUGGCUUCUUUGAGAUUGUUGUAGAUUUGACUCAAGAAGGUUUAGAACACGUAGACGACGUAGUGAACAUUAUUUUUCAGUACCUUAAUAUGCUGCGUGAAGAUAGUCCAAAAAAAUGGAUAUUUGAUGAAUGCGUAAGCCUGAAUGAAAUGCGUUUUCGCUUUAAAGAAAAGGAACAACCGGAAAAUUUGGUUAUUCAUGCGGCUACUUCUAUGCAGAUAUUCCCUCUAGGUGAAGUGCUUAUCGCACCAUACCUAAGUAAUGAAUGGCGGCCUGAUUUAAUACGCAGUCUUUUGGAUGAACUAAUUCCUUCUAAAUGCCGCAUAUCAAUAGUUAGCCAAAGGUUUGAAAAAUUAGCUGACCUUGUUGAACCAUAUUACAAAACAAGAUAUUAUUUGGAGGGUAUACCCCUAGAGAUAUUACAUAACUGGGAAAAUUGUAAAACGAAUGCGAAUCUGGAUCUCCCAUUACCGAAUAACUUUAUUCCGACAAAUUUUGAUAUUGCUGAUGUGUCAGCGGAAGCACCUAAACACCCUAUGAUUAUAGUAGAUACGCCAAUUUUACGAGUAUGGCACAAACAAGAUAAUCAAUUCAAAAAGCCUAAGGCCUGCAUGACUUUUGACAUGUCUAAUCCAAUAUCGAAUUUAGAUCCCUUGAAUUGCAAUUUAAAUCACAUGAUAGUUAUGUUAUUGAAAGAUCAGCUCAAUGAGUACUUAUAUGACGCCGAACUGGCAAGCCUUAUACUUAGUGUUAUAACCAAACCAUGUGGCAUCGAUUUUACUAUACGCGGAUUUAAUGAUAAACAAGUGGUACUUCUGGAAAAGUUACUAGAUCAUUUAUUUGAUUUUCGUAUAAGCGAAAAGCGUUUCGACAUAUUGAAGGAAGAGUACACACGAUCACUAAAGAACUUUAAAGCAGAACAACCAUAUCAGCAUUCCAUAUAUUAUUUGGCUUUAUUACUUACUGAAAAUGCUUGGGCCAAUGUUGAACUAUUAGAUGCAAUGGAACUGGUUUCUUAUGAGAGCAUUGUAAACUUCGCAAAGGAUUUUUUUCAGCGUCUGCACACAGAAUGUUUUAUUUUCGGAAAUGUAACUAAACAGCAAGCAUUGGCUAUAGCAGAACGGGUUAAUAAACGUAUGGAGUCUACGAACGCAUGUAAAUUGCCUAUACUUGCACGUCAAAUGCUUAAGAAGCGAGAGUACAAACUUCUGCCUGGCGACUGUUAUUUAUUUCAAAAAGAGAACGAAUACCAUAAGAGCUCCUGUACGCAGCUUUAUCUGCAAUGCGGCGCCCAAACCGAUCACACCAAUAUUAUGGUAAAUUUGGUAUCACAAGUACUAUCUGAACCAUGCUAUGACUGUCUGCGAACUAAGGAGCAACUUGGAUACAUAGUGUUUAGUGGAGUGAGGAAAGUGAAUGGUGCCAAUGGCAUACGCAUCAUAGUGCAAUCGACUAAACAUCCUUCAUUUGUUGAAAACCGCAUUGAACAUUUUUUGCAAUCAUAUUUGCAAAUACUUGAAGACAUGUCACUUGAAGAAUUUCAACGCCACAAAGAAUCACUAGCUGUUAAAAAACUGGAGAAACCAAAAACGUUAUUUCAGCAAUUUAGUCAAUUUUAUGGUGAAAUAGCUAUGCAAACGUACCAUUUUGAGCGCGAAGAGGCGGAGGUGGCCAUAUUACGUAAAAUAACGAAAGAAGAUCUUAUCGAAUAUUUUAAGAACUUCAUAGCUAAAAAUGGAAAAGAGCGUCGUAUGCUCUCUGUCUAUAUAAUAUCAACCCAGAGGGAAGAAAUUGAAAACAGAGAUGAUGACCACAAUAUUGACGAAAUUAUGGAAAGUCACGAAUCGAUCACUGACAUCGUUUCGUUUAAGUCCUCUAAAGAACUCUACCCAAUUGCACUACCAUUUCUUGACAUUAAAGCUAAAGGUGCGCGUAGUAAACUCUAGUAGAAAUGUUCCAAACACUUAAAGUUUAUGUUCUAAAUCUUGAAAUAUAAAAUGAUUAUGUAUGUAACACGUCGA